AUGAAUCAGAUUGAGCCAACUUGUUGGCCUCCAGUGGCGAUGGUCCCAUUUUGGGCGUCAGUCUUAAUAUUUCUUGCACUUGCCGCCCGCUACCAGUUCCGGUGCGAGCGCGUAAAGUCACAGGCGUAUGUUUAUGCGUAUGUGGCUGGUAAGGUGUUCAACCGUAAGUAUGACUGUCGCCUCCACCUCACCGACCUCAGACAGUACGACGCGGAGCUAAACUGCGGCUCGUCUGCAGAACCGGCGGCCCUAAGCGCUGAGGAAAUAGAACUAGAAAAGCAGUUGAACGAAGAACGCUAUCGAGAUAUGGUGUCUGACCCUGCUGAAAGACUGUUAUUCCUAGAGGAAGAAAUGAAACGCUAUCAAGCCAGUCAUGGAAUUCGGGGUGUCGAAUUUGCGCUUGAUUACAGCUACGAAAGCCCCGCUGUACUCAUCAGAAAACCUCCUCUUUCUGACGAAGAGCCAUCUGAUGAUCGUGAUGAGCGGAAGUGCAUAAUUGCUCAGGAAUUGAAAGUCCCGGUUGGAGUGGAAACGGUACUCAUUGUUUACUGGUUUGAAUUUAUAGUAGUUAUAAAAAAUAACUAAAC